AUGAAAAAUUUAAGAAUUAUCAAGCAGUACCAAGGAUUACCCAGAAUUACCCAGAAUUACCACGAAUUACCACGAAUUACCACGAAUUACCACGAAUUACCACGAAUUACCACGAAUUACCACGAAUUACCACGAAUUACCAAGAAUUACCAAGAAUUACCAAGAAUUACCAAGAAUUUCCAAGAAUUACCAAGAAUUACCAAGAAUUACCAAGAAUUACCAAGAAUUACCAAGAAUUAUCAAGAAUUACCAAGAAUUAUCAAGAAUUAUCAAGAAUUAUCAAGAAUUAUCAAGAAUUAUCAAGAAUUAUCAAGAAUUAUCAAGAAUUAUCAAGAAUUAUCAAGAAUUAUCAAGAAUUAUCAAGAAUUAUCAAGAAUUAUCAAGAAUUAUCAAGAAUUAUCAAGAAUUAUCAAGAAUUAUCAAGAAUUAUCAAGAAUUAUCAAGAAUUAUCAAGAAUUAUCAAGAAUUAUCAAGAAUUAUCAAGAAUUAUCAAGAAUUAUCAAGAAUUAUCAAGAAUUAUCAAGAAUUAUCAAGAAUUAUCAAGAAUUAUCAAGAAUUAUCAAGAAUUAUCAAGAAUUAUCAAGAAUUAUCAAGAAUUAUCAAGAAUUAUCAAGAAUUAUCAAGAAUUAUCAAGAAUUAUCAAGAAUUAUCAAGAAUUAUCAAGAAUUAUCAAGAAUUAUCAAGAAUUAUCAAGAAUUAUCAAGAAUUAUCAAGAAUUAUCAAGAAUUAUCAAGAAUUAUCAAGAAUUAUCAAGAAUUAUCAAGAAUUAUCAAGAAUUAUCAAGAAUUAUCAAGAAUUAUCAAGAAUUAUCAAGAAUUAUCAAGAAUUAUCAAGAAUUAUCAAGAAUUAUCAAGAAUUAUCAAGGAUUAUCGAGGAUAA